AUGGUACUGUGUCUGUGCGUUGUUCACCAACCCUGUUAUGUGCGCACACAACCCGUGCAGAUCGAAAUCGAGAAGCUGAAGUCGGAGAACGACCGUCUGAAGCUGGACAGCCACGGCUGCAGCCGAGCCGGCUCCCAGGUCUCCAUCUCCUCCUCCCCUCACCACACCACCCAGAACCCAGGCCCCGGGCCGGGCCUGUCGGAGCACAGCCUCAACCUCACCACCAGCGAGUCCACCAGCCUGGACAUGCUCCUGGACGACACCAGCUGCGACGGGGGGGGGAAGGAAGGAGGGGAGACACGUCAAGAUCGUGGUCAGCCUGGACCACGAGGACAGCCAGUGGGCGGAGCAGGAGAUUCGGCCCGGGACUUCCUGAUUGGCUGCAUCGGAGUGAGCGGGAAGACCAAGUGGGACGUCCUGGACGGGGUGGUCCGGCGGCUGUUCAAGGAGUACGUGACCCACGUGGACCCCAGCAGCCAGCUGGGCCUGUCCACGGACAGCGUGGAGGGCUACCGCAUCGGGGACAUCCAGCGGCUGAGCGCGCACGGCUCGGCCCAGGCCCCGGAGCUGCUGCCCUGUGGCUACCUGGUGGGGGACAGCAACACCAUCAACAUCCGCCUCAAAGACGUGAACUGCGACAGCGUGGACUCCCUGGUGUUCGACACGCUGAUCCAGCGGCCCGUGCUGCAGCGCUACGUCUCUCUGCUGCGGGACCACCGCCGCAUCAUCCUGUCGGGGCCCAGCGGCACGGGCAAGACCUUCCUGGCCCACCAGCUCUCGCGCCACCUGCUGCGGCAGGAGGGCCGCACGCCCAGCCCCGCACCGUGCACACCUUCAACGUGGACCACAAGUCCAGCAAGGAGCUGCGGCAGUACCUCUCCAGCCUGGCGGAUCAGUGCAGCGGGGAGCCGGCGUCAGAGAGCCCCCUGGUGGUCAUCCUGGAUAACCUGCACCACGUCAGCUCCCUGGGGAGAUCUUCAACGGCCUCUUCAGCAGCAAGUACCAGUACUGCCCGUACAUCAUCGGCACCAUGAGCCAGGCCACGUCCUCCGCCCCCAACCUCCAGCUGCACCACAACUUCAGGUGGGUGCUGUGUGCCAACCACCUGGAGCCGGUGAAAGGCUUCCUGGGCCGCUUCCUGCGCAGGAAGCUGAUCGAGACGGAGAUCGGCAGCCGCUCGCGCAACCUGGAGCUGGUGAAGGUCGUCGACUGGAUGCCGCGCGUGUGGCACCACCUCAACCGCUUCCUGGAGGCGCACAGCUCCUCCGACGUCACCAUCGGCCCCCGUCUGUUCCUCUCCUGCCCCAUGGACGUGGAGGGCUCCCGGGUGUGGUUCACCGACCUGUGGAACUACUCCAUCAUCCCCUACAUGCUGGAAGCCAUCAGGGAGGGGCUGCAGCUCUACGGUCGCCGGGCAGCCUGGGAAGACCCCGCCCACUGGGUGAUUGACACCUACCCCUGGUCGGCCACGCCCACCCCAGCCGAUUGGCCGCCGCUGCUGCAGCUCCGCCCAGAGGACGUGGGGUUUGACGGUUACUCCGCCCCCAGAGAGGGGGCCCGCAAAGAGCCCCCCCAGAGCGACAGUGAUGCAGAC